AAAAGUAGGUAAAGAGUUGAAAAUUCUAAAGUGAACAAGGGGUAAUUCUAUGAUGUGCUUAUUUAACGGUUUUGAUUCCAGAAUUCCUCUCUACAAUUCACUGCCAGGCCACUUUUUUCCCUCCAAUUCGAUAUUACGGUGUUUUUUUUUUUUUUACUUUUUUCUGCUUUCUCUAAAUUCUUUUUUCAAGCUUCGGUAUGCAAAACGACAAUGUUUCAACCGCCUACGGUGACCUCGCAGCCGGAGAACUGAACCAUCACCAGAAUGGCGGAGUUUACGCUUCCUCCGCCGCCAACUCAUCCGCCUCUCUCUUAGCUCUCCACCAUCCCCGCAUUCUCAUGCAACAGCAUCAAGAUAUGAUCAACCGUCACAGCCUCUGCCUCUCGCGCUUCCGCGAAGCUGCAAAAGAAGCCGAAUCACUCCGCCAAGAGAAUACUUCUCUACGAUCAGUCAACCGCGACCUCAACAAGCAACUCAACGCACUGAUCCAAGCCUCUGUUCAGGAUCACUUUGCAUCCUCUGAUUACAACACCGCGCCGUUUGAUUUGGUGAACGCGUUGGAAGGACUUUGUUUCGGCGGCGGCGUAGGAGAGGAAGAAGUUUCUGAUAUGGAAGGUGAAGUGGAUGUCGAGAGGGUUAAGUUGCCUAAGAGCAUAUCGAUUAGAUCUAACGAAUAUCAGAAGAUGAUGAGUAAAGCUGGAGCAGCGAGUCAUCGUGGUAAAACUCGGGGACUAGCUCAGACUUCUAAUGCUUCUCAACAGAUCAGAAGAGCUGCGAAUGUAAAGCAGAAGGUGUACGUGCAAGGAGGGAAGGAGGAGGAAGAGCUACUUGAACUGGAAGUAUACAACCAGGGCAUGUUAAAGACUGAGCUCUGCAACAAAUGGCAAGAGACUGGUGCCUGUCCAUAUGGUGACCACUGCCAGUUUGCUCACAGUGUCGAAGAGCUCCGCCCUGUAAUACGCCACCCUCGAUACAAGACUGAGGUCUGCAGGAUGGUCCUUACUGGUGAUGUCUGUUCCUAUGGCCAUCGAUGCCACUUUCGUCACGCACUUACUGAACAGGAGAAGUCCGUUGGCCACCUAAAGCCCCAAACCAGGUAAACCUAUUCGUUCAGGCGAUUAUCAUAUUGGUUGGUAGCUGUAGAGAUGUUCAUAUAAUUCUGAACCCCAGUUUUUUUUUUUUAUAUAAAUAAUGUGCUUAAUCCAGUCAGUUUAUAGGUAUGAUGAACAUGUAUUAAAUUUCGAAAUUGGAAUCAUAAAAUCAAAGAAAAAGUUACUAAAGAUGGAGAUUAGUAGAGGCUUUGUGUUCCCCGAUGGUGGGAGAUUUGUUGAGGUGAUAUCAGAUAUGCACUUUUUUCUUUUUACUUCUCUUUAAUAUGUUUGUUUCGUCAAGUAGCAUGAGUACUUACGGGAAUGUUUGGUGCGCUUAAGCCAAGCAACAAUCCGACAACAACUAAAAAACAUAACCAUUAAUGGUAAUUAUGUUCUUAGAUUCUGGCAAGGUAAGCAACUUCCGUGAAGUCAAUAUUGAUGUCAUUAGCCAUUUGAAACUCCUCCUGGAUGAGCUUUUUGUUGUAUACUUAAACUUAUGGCAUACUCAUUGUCGUUUUUAAGUUGUAUCUUAUUAGUAUUAUUAUAAGUACGGAGUAAUGAAAAUUUUGAAUUAAAAA